UUUCUUUUUACUCGAAGUGAGCUUCUCUUCAUCCUCUCAUUCACUAGUGCUGUGGCAGAAAACAGAAGCGCAGAGGAGAUUUCUCCAACAAAAACUAUGGGUCAUAAAAAACAGAUGAAAACCAUGCCGAAAAGAAUCACAACUAUAGAGGACCUAAAAGAGUAUGGAUUCGGUCAGCCUUGGCCCAGACAUGGACUCAAGCUCUUGUACUGGUUUGCUAACGAUUGUGUCUGGGUUACUGACGAUGACGACAUGCUCCUGGCAUGUGACCCGGCGAAGGGAGUCUUUGGCUUUCACCUCUUUGAGAACAAAGAGAAUCUUCUUCCAGAUGUGGACUUUCCCUAGUACUUGCUGGGCAAUCUGAAUUCACCAGGAGCUGACAUGCUGCCGGCCUACGUCAAAAAACACAACACCAGCUGGUAUGAUGAAAGCAACACGGAUCGCAUUAUCAUCACUGAUCACGGACAAAAGAGCUUUGGGAAAAUUUACCUGACCACACACAAAGAUCGGUCAAGUUAUGAUC